AGGUGCGACACCAAGGGCAGGAGGACGCCAAGUGCUGCUCUCUGACCUGCCCGUCACAGCAGUCUGUGAAACGCCAGCUCUGAAUUUUCCGGGUCGGCUCCUGGCUGUCGGCAGACGUGCAGCACCCUGGGCCCCGGCAGAUGUGGCCUUUCCAGCUGAGGUCGUGAGUCCCGCCUGACCCUGUCAUCGUCACCACUGUCACUGCCGCCUCGCUGGGGCCUCUGGGGGCCACGCCCCUGGGCACUGCACAGCCAUGCUGCUACACCUGCUGGCGUUCCUCUUACACUUGCUCCCGCUGGCCUCCGGGGCCUACGACAUCUGCAAAUCCUGGGUGACCACGGACGAGGGCCCUACCUGGGAAUUCUAUGCUUGCCAGCCCAAGGUGAUGCGCCUGAAGGACUACGUCAAGGUGAAGGUGGAGCCUUCCGGCAUCACGUGCGGCGACCCCCCAGAGAGGUUCUGCUCCCAUGAGAACCCCUACUUGUGCAGUAAUGAAUGUGAUGCCUCCAACCCGGACCUGGCCCACCCGCCCCGGCUCAUGCUGGACAGGGAGGACGAGGGGCUGGUCACCUAUUGGCAGAGCAUCACAUGGAGCCGCUACCCCAGCCCGCUCGAGGCCAACAUCACCCUGUCGUGGAACAAGAGCGUGGAGCUGACGGACGAUGUCGUGGUGACCUUCGAGUACGGCCGGCCCACGGUCAUGGUCCUGGAGAAGUCGCUGGACAACGGGCGCACAUGGCAGCCCUACCAGUUCUACGCCGAGGACUGCUCGGAGGCCUUUGGCAUGCCGGCGCGGCGCGCCCGCGACAUGUCCUCCUCCAGCGCGCACCGUGUGCUCUGCACCGAGGAGUACUCACGCUGGGCGGGCUCUAAGAAGGAGAAGCACGUGCGCUUCGAGGUGCGGGACCGCCUGGCCAUCUUCGCCGGCCCGGACCUGCGCAACAUGGACAAUCUCUACACGCGCCUGGAGAGCGCCAAGGGGCUCAAGGAGUUCUUCACGCUCACCGACCUGCGCAUGCGGCUGCUGCGUCCGGCGCUGGGCGGCACCUACGUGCAGCGUGAAAACCUCUACAAGUACUUCUACGCCAUCUCCAACAUCGAGGUCGUCGGCAGGUGCAAGUGCAACCUGCAUGCCAACCUGUGCUCGGUGCGGGAGGGCAGUCUGCAGUGCGAGUGUGAGCACAACACGACGGGCCCCGACUGCGGCAAGUGCAAGAAGAACUUCCGCACGCGUUCGUGGCGCGCUGGCUCCUACCUGCCGCUGCCUCACGGCUCCCCCAAUGCCUGUGCCGCUGCAGGUUCUGCUUGGGGCAAAUGGACCAGGCCCUCCACGGCCACCCCACUGGGGGAGAGCCUCCCCCAGCCCCAGGCAGCCGCUCCUGCAGAAGCCACGGGCUCCUCCGCCACUGUCCCCACCAAGGGCUCCAAACUGGCCCAGCUCAAGCCCAAAUCUGCACACGUGAUGCCCAUUGAAGAAUUCCCAGACUGUGAGUGCUACGGCCACUCCAACCGCUGCAGCUACAUCGACUUCCUGAACGUGGUGACAUGUGUCAGCUGCAAGCACAACACGCGUGGCCAGCACUGCCAGCACUGCCGCCUGGGCUACUACCGCAACGGCUCAGCCGAGCUGGACGAUGAGAACGUGUGCAUUGAGUGUAACUGCAACCAGAUAGGCUCUGUGCACGACCGCUGCAACGAGACCGGCUUCUGCGAGUGCCGCGAGGGCGCGGCGGGCCCCAAGUGCGACGACUGCCUCCCCACGCACUACUGGCGCCAAGGCUGCUACCCCAACGUGUGCGACGACGACCAGCUGCUGUGCCAGAACGGAGGCACCUGCCUGCGGAACCAGCGCUGCGCCUGCCCUCGCGGCUACACCGGCGUGCGCUGCGAGCAGGCCCGCUGCGACCUGGCCGAGGGCGGCCUGGACUGCGACGGCGCGUCCGGGGCGGCCCCGCGCCCGGCCACCCUGCUCGGCUGCCUGCUGCUGCUGGGCCUGGCUGCUCGCCUGGGCUGCUGAGCCCGGGCGGCGGCGCGCAGGGGGCGGUCCGAGCUGCUCCCCGGUGCUAUUCCGCAGGGUCCCCCGCCGCAGCCCACCCGCCCCCUGCCUUCCGUUCCCCCACCUCACAUGCAGCACUGGACUGUUGCUGGCCCUCCCCGCACCGGUCCGGCUCCCUGCAGCCGGCCCGGCUCUCUUUUGUAUUCUUUUUCCUUUGCAACACCCUCCACCCCCAGACCCCAGCACCACCCUCCCCCAGGCCUAGGUGACCCUAGAACUCACCGCCUGGGGGAGGCGGCACGAAGGGGGCUUCUUUUUGGAGGGCGGGCAACUGUGUUUCCUAGAGAACUAUUUUUUGUUCCUGUGAACUGUCCCCCUGUGGCGGGGAGCGCGGGAGGCAGUGCCCACGGGGUGGCUGGUCGAGUGUAACCGCGGAGUAAAAUGCCCCCUGCUGCCUCC